UUUGAAAUGUCAUUUUUCAAUAUGAAACAAAAAAUCCAGUUUAAAUUUGAUGAAUACGAAGCAGAAUACAACAAGAAAGCCAAAAAAAACCAACACAUUUUGUGUAUAUGUGCAACGACAGAACAACAUUCAAGGUUAAAUAAUCUUAAUUUUAAAUAUAUGAAGACAACAACAACAAAAAGAAAAAGAAUUAUCAAUGAUGAAUUACAAUAUGAUGCUAAAAAUAUACUAAAAAAAAAAAAAAUUUUCAUUUAAAUCCCAUUGUAGCGUUGUUGUUGUUGUGUGACAAAGUUAAAAUGUAAUUUCAUAUGUGCGUUUUUUGUUUCAAUCGAAAAUACGAUCGUUAUCAUUUUGUUAUUGAAUCGUACUGAUAAUGGGUAAUUAUACAUCAUCAUCAUCAAAUACUAAUAAUAAUAAUAAUAGUUCAAAUUCUUUUGACGCAACAAAGAAUGAUUCAAUCGGACGAAAUAUUGCAGUUAUUUAUCAUCAAGAUCCAUUAAAUUCGAUUGUUGAUGAUGAUUGUGUGAAUACAAAAAAUUUACCCACAUCAUCAUCAGCGUCAUCAACAUCUACACCAUCGUUAAUGUAUCAUUCGAAACAGAUGAAUCAGGAAGAAUUUGAAAUGAAAAAUUCUCAUACAGAUAAUGGUACCGGAUCACGUAGUAAUAACAAAUCUGAUCAAUUAUUUGAUGAUAAUGAUAUGAAAUUAAUGAUACUUAGCUCAUUCGAUGUUUUCAUUAAUCAUAUAUUACAAGAAAAAUUAGCUAAAAUGGAUCAAUCAACAUCAUCAGGUGGUGGUAAAGAAAUGAUAAAAUUAUCGAAAACACAUCCACAUCAUUUUCCAUACAAAGAAUCAUCUACAAAAUCUGUAUUCGAUAAUCUAGCACAAAUGUUAAGCACACAUCUCGAUGAUUAUCUUGCAUCAUGUAAAAGAUCCGGAAUUGUAACGGCACCGGCAUACAAAAGCUUUACAGAAAAUUUUGAUCAUCAUCAUCAUCAUCAUCAUACGGUCAAGAAUUUAAAAUCAAAAGAAACUUCAUUUCAAGAUGGUCAUCUUCAUUUAUCAAGUGCAUAUUCUAUAAAUGAAUUGAUGAAUAAUAAUAAUAAUAAUGAUGAUGAUUUAACAACUAAAGCAAACAAUUCAUUGAUUGAACAUCAUUAUGAUCAAACAACACGUAGAACAUCUUUGGUGGUUAAUAAUAGCAAUAGCAAUCAUAAUGGUGGUGGUAAAUUCAAUAAUCUAUCAACACAGGAUAGUAUAAGGAUUAAUUUGCCUGAAAUUCUUGAUCAACAAGAUGAAAUCAGUAUACUUAGAUUAUUGAUUAAAUUAUUAUCAGGUAAAGUUAGAAAAUUAAAUGAUGAAAAUCGUUUUCUAUUACAACAAAUUGGUGUUCUAAACGAUAUUAAUAUUGAACUGUCAACAAUAUUACAGCAUAAAUUUGAAAAAUAAAAAAAUUUUCUUUUUUUGUCUGGCUA